AUGGCCGAGUUAGCUUUGGGCGCGAUUGGCGUCGUUCCAGUCGUGGGGUUUGUUUUCGGGGCUUUCAAGGGUCUCUGCAAGAACUUGAAAACCUUCAAGCGGUACGCUCGAGAAGCGAAGCGAGUUCGACAAGAGUUGGAGGUGCAGGAAGCCAUCUUCAAGAAUGAAUGGCAGAUCCUGAGGACCGUCUUCUUGCCCACGGCCGACGAUAGCAAUGCCCUGGACAUUGCUGACCAUGCCAGCCGGAGAAAGUCAGACAAGCUCCAACUCGAUCAAAGGCUACGCGUGGCGCUUGGCGAGAACUAUGAUGCCUGCGAAAAGGCUACAGCAGUGAUCCGCGAGGACCUGCAAGAGCUUAUCAGGGGGCUGCAGGACGUCACUCUUCUUGCAAACCAUCAAGAGAGCGAGCGUCCCAGCGACACAGUACAAAGACUGCGAGAGAUCCAGGACCGUCUGAAGGCCACCUUCCGAAGCAAGACAUGGUCCGAGAGCAUCGAGAAGCUGAGGCGCUCCAUAGGCAACCUAAGCACACUCAGGGCACAACUCGAAAAGCUUGGAGAGCCGGCGAGACAUGAGUUGUCUGUGGAGGGGAAGACUUGUGAACGGUAUCUCAUGGAGUGGCGGGGCUCAGUGAGUGUUCAGAGAGCUUCAAGGGCACUGCACGAAGCCCUCGCCGACGCUUGGAAGUGCGGCCAUGCGGAUCACACGAGGCACUUAUUUUGUCUCUUCGUCGAAACAAGCCAGGUUGAAGACCAAACCCAGAUGAGGCUCACUAUCAUGUACCUCAACCGCAUGCAGGUUGCUCUCGAGUCUGGAUUGGUGCAACUACACGUCCGAUCUUCUAUACUCCAAUUAGACCUUGGCGCUUCGAUGAUGCCCUUGACACCCCCUGAUGAGGAGCAUCAAGGGAUGCCGAAGAGACGAAAGAUGGUUCGAUUUGAGGAGCCAACCGUGAAGCAGACGGUUGGCCACCAGGCUCAAGAGUUCGGGCACAAAGCAGGGAGCCAGCUGAUCCAUCAGACAUCCCGUGAUCUUCGGUCGUCAGGCGACAUUUGCUUCAAACUGACAGGCACACCGCCCGUUCAGAACGCGUCGUCAAGUGAAUCGGUGCCACACUCCUUCGGGCAUCUUGACUGCACUCGGCAGAGAGACAACUUUCGCCAUGUUUUCUAUCCGAGCUGCCCCGGACCUAGCCGCCGUGACACUGGAUGCAGUCCGAUGGCGCUCGACGAAAUCAUCAAGACCAGUAGGCGAGACCUAAUCAACCCUAUUGAUAAGCUGAGACUGGCACGAACACUUGUAUCCGCAGCGCUCAAGUUCUACUCAACUCCAUGGCUUAACGACAUCUGGCAGCUCCGAGAUCUAUCCAUGUCGGUAGAUGACAUAGAAGACCUCUCGCAGUCAAUUCACAACAUGCACCUCUCCGCUGAGCUCGGACAGACACGAUCGGUGCAAAUGGAAGACGUCCAGACAGUCAUGACACCGAACUCCCAGGCGGCGGAAGGUAAUGCAAGAGACGAUGAGGAAGUUCGAUGCAACAUCAAAUGCCGGCCGCUGUGGAGUCUUGGAGUGGCACUGCUGCAGAUUGACCACUGGGAGAAGAUUGACUUGGGCGCCGCUCUCGCGGUCCGUAGGGCGGCGGCGAGGACGUCUCAGAUCUCUCCCAAGUAUCGGGAGCUGACGCAACGGUGUCUGGAAUGCGAUUUUGGGCGACGCCGAGGCCAGGAUCUGUCUAGAUCUCCUCUGCAUCAGGCAGUAUACAAGGUGGUUCUUGGUGAGCUGGAUCGCCUGCUAUCGCUUAGGGAACAAGAGAUGAGGCCGAUGGAGGUCUCGGAUGAGGGUGAUGAGCUGGACUAUUAUCAGGCAUUUAACACAAAAUAA